AUGAAAGCAUGUGGCACUCCGUUCAUCGAUCCAUACAUACAUCCUAAUGCUCAACAAUCUCUAUGCGAUCAAAUAGGUAAUCGCAGUUUGUGCCUGGCUAUAAUUCGGCUUGUACUGUAUAAAUUGGCAAUGCUGGCACCGGUGAUGGCCGAUCGAAGCAUAUCACCACUGUUACCUCGCGAUGAAGAUAUAAUCGAUUUUUUACGUAGUAGCGAGUUCGAUGUUCGCCUACAGAGAGGAAGAGAGGAGGAUGAAUAG